CAUUUUAUACCUCCUCCAAUUUUAAGGCUUUAAAGUGCGCGCAACAAUUUCCUAAACUCAAACAAGAUAAAGGGCUGAAGUUGUCAAGGUGUAGGUCCUACAUAAUGGACCAUCUAGCAUGGUGUUUCGUAUUUUUGGCGUAUGUACAUGCCUCAGCUCAACUUCCAGCAAAUUGCGGUCCACCACAGUCUUAUCCGUACACCAAACUUGAUGAGAGGAGAAUAAACUACAACAAUCCCGCUAAAGUUUACUACAAAUGCGAUGAGGAUUAUGUGUCAUCCGAUGGCAGUCGCUUCAUCGAGUGUGUACAUGGAACAUGGACAAAAUUAGCACUAAAGUGUAAAAAGAAGUCAUGUGGUCCUCCUCCUCAUCUCCUCAAUGGCCGCUUUGUAUAUCAAGGGAGUUUAGUAGGAGACCAGGCUCAACCAGUGUGCAAUGAUGGAUACAAACUGAAAGGGUUCAAUGAAAACAUCAUAUGCAAGAGCUCUGGUUGGAGUGGGAAUCAGCCAACUUGUGAAGAGGGAGGAGCUGCCUUGGUGCCAUCUGUCAUGACUACGUGCCAGAAACCCUCCAUAGAUGAAGGUGUGGUGACUGGAGGCAGUGUGUCAGUGUACAGCAUUGGAGAAUCUGUGACCUUCACCUGCAACCCAGGCUUCUCCAUGUCUGGAUCUCGGCAGAUCUCCUGUGGUCUAGAAGGCAAAUGGCUGCCUCAGCUCCCUACAUGUCUGAGGUCCAAAGCUUCAUGCAAACCUCAUCAUAACCAGAAGAUAAAUAAUAACACAGUGGUUGUGGGACAGAAGACGGAGUAUAAAGCUGGAGAUUCUCUCUCCUUCUCUUGUACACAUUUUUUCACUUUGAUUGGAUCACCCACUGUUACAUGUGCCUCUAAUGGAACUUGGACCUCUCCCCGUCCGAAGUGCAAAAGAUUGCAGUGCCGAGAAUUGAACAUAACUCAAGGAAAACUUUCCAGCAAGCACAAAAGGGCUGGUGAAGAAAUUACAAUCACCUGUGAUGAAGGAUACCAGCUCAGAGGGGCAGCAAAAGUUGUUUGUUUGAAGGAGGGAAAGUGGAGUGAGGUUCCAACAUGUGAAUCAGAAAACCAACCACAACUUGGCUGUAAACAGCCAGCUUACAUUUCCAGUGCCACCGUAAGUGUCCACUACAGAGAACAGAGCUUCUUUCCUGAGGGAGCCAAGGUUCGUUACAUGUGUCAUGUCGGGUAUGAAUGGAAAGACGGCCAUCCGUACCGCACCUGUAAAGGAGGAACUUGGACAGCACUACAAAUGAUAUGUGAACCUAAAUCCUGUGGUAAUGCUGGAGAGAUAUUGUAUGGCAGCUAUGAGUACGCUGGAACACAGUUUGGAGAUACCAUCAAAGCAGUUUGUGAUCAUGGGUACCAACUUGUUGGACGGGCUACCAGGAGAUGUAUGGCUGGAUUCUGGGACGGUCACCCACCUGUCUGUGAAGCUGUGCAGUGUGAAGAUCUCCGUGAGGAUCCCAACAUGGCAAUAACUGACUCCUUAGGACCACCUUAUGUGUACCCAACUAUGAUUGGCUUCCGGUGUCGCCGAGGGACACUGGUUGGACCAGAAAGGAUCUACUGUACCGAGGAUGGGACAUGGAGUCAACAGCCGCCAAAAUGCAAAUAAAGCUCGAAAAGGAAGAAGUGAACAUGAGUCUGUCUGGCACGUCUGCUUAAAGCAGCCGACAUCAACUGAAACCAUCAUAUUUAACAGUCACAAUAAUAUAGAACUUCAGGUUCAGUUUUUUUACCCAAUAAUAAGCUAAACAUAUUUAUUUAUUAUGAUUUAACAUAAGAUUUUACAUCUUUUCAGCAUUUUGCUAAAUUGCUUUAUUGCAACUGACAGUAGAAAACCUUUAUUAUAUAAACUGAAGAAAAUAAGAUGAGUAUCAGGUAUUGAGACAUGAAAUAAUUUCUGAAACUAAUCUCAAGUACAGUAUGUUUAUUUGAAUAAGUGUUUUGUGGAGUUAGUAACAAGUUUAUAACCUUGUUUAAUUUCAGCUCUGUACAUUUUGAACAGUUGAUACUUACACAUACAUGUGCUUCUUGUUCUCUAUGGACUGAACACAGUGAGUGAACGUUUUAUGAACAAAUGAGAGCUACAAGAAAUUUAAGAACACCAAUUCCAUUCAUUUAAAAAGACAAUACAAAAUCCAGACAUUUUUUACAUGAGCAAUAACAAUUUUCAAGUGCAAAUACCAUUAUCCACUCUAUGAUACAUCAUAGCAAACUCAACUCUUGUUAAAAAGGCAAACAAAACCGUUGUGUUCAGGUUGCAGGAGGAGAGAGAAGAGGGUGGGGCAUAGUUGGGUUGUGACAGUGAGCGCUAUGACCUGGUUGAUAUUGACAUUUAAAUUCUUGGAUCAGGAAAUCAAUUUGACACUGUGCCAUCAGCAACCGAAGAUAAACAGCUUAGUAGCUGGUCUUUUUUUAACACUCAAAGAAACAAAAGGGCUGUGUUCGUGUGAUGUACAGUUGUUCUUUACCGUGAGAUUGCAUGGCAAUGUCUAUGACUGAAACAAUGUGGUAACAAUCCCCUCUUUCUUAUCCCAAAGCUCAUGUGCUUACAUCUAAGUGAAGGUAGUGUACGAUAACUUUUGAAGUACACCUUUUUUAUUUUAUUUUAUUUACAAUGAUGGAAAAUAUAAAAAUGUCAAAGGGCCUCCAAGAAUAUCCAUUCCAUACUUAAGAGCAGUGAUAUUCUGUUAAAUCUUUUAUCAACAAAAUGUUGACUAUGUCAUGGUUACCUACCAUCAUUGUCAUUUGCUUUACACUGACAAUGCCAUUGUCAGCAAAAAGAAUUACUACACAAACUACAUUUGUUUUCUCAAUCAAUUUGGCAUAUUUAAUGUUUUAAAGAAGUUAACACGGUUGUCUAAUAGUUCAGUUACAUUUAUUGUUUCUUUUCAAUUAUCAAUGUAUUUAAAUGACAUUUGUAUGGUGUUGAUAACAGAUUCUUUAAUUAGCAUGAAUAUAUGCAGUUUUGCAGGCUGUUACAUGUAAUUUCAUUUAGAUGGUUCUGUCUAUUAUUUUGAGAGCAAGGAGUUUGAAGCAAGGCCAAAUAAAUGGAGAAUUGCUCGACUCUU